UCCCAAUUCCCAACCACUCCCAAUUCGAGAACAGCACGAGCCAAUGACGUUCUACAGGUCCUUGAAAUCUCCUUUACUCAUUUUUCAAAGAAGUGAAAAAGCAGCAAGCUUUACGUUGAACUUAACGUCCAUGACUGGACUUAAGCACUCAGAGUAGAGAGAGAGAGAAAGCGCCUUUACUCAGAGUAGAGAGAGAGAAAGCGCCAUUGAUGAAACUGAAAAAUCUGAGUUCAACAAGACUACAAGAGGGAUAAAAUUGUCAAGGAGAGUGAAAAAAUGAAAGGGUGUGCAGAAACUGGAGGGUGCCCAAGUGACUAUGUCGCUGUUUCUGUAUCUGCCCUUUCUCUUUUUCUGCUUCUAGCUCGUUCGAUAUUCCCGUUCCUAUAUUACAAGGUGUCAAUUCCCAAAGGCAGUGCCGUUUGGAUUCCGGCUAUACAGAUUCUUGCUAGCAUUGGUCUUUUAGUAUCUGUUGUGAUGUCAGUGAAUCUGAUCAAAAUUGAGAAAAGGCGUUGGUGGCAGUCUUGUUAUAUAUGGGCAGUUUGGCUUGAAGGACCAUUUGGAUAUGGUUUGCUGCUCAGCUGUCGCAUCGUACAGGUCUACCAUCUCUAUUUCAUUUUUGUCAAGAAGCGGUUACCACCUGUAAGGUCACAUAUUUUUCUCCCGUUGGUUCUCCUCCCAUGGUUUUGUGGGGCUGCGCUUAUACACUUGAAGAAACCAUUAAACCAUAGAUGUCAAAUGUCUGCUCAGUGGGUUGCUCCAUUGAUGGUCCUACACUCUCUAUAUGUUGUUAUUUUUGUUGGAUUCACAUGGUCCAUUCAGCAUGUGAAUUUCAGAUUCGAUGAACUUAAAGACCUUUGGCGGGGAGUACUCGUUUCUACAUUUUCUGUUGUAUGCUGGGUAGUUGCUUAUAUCCUGAAUGAAAUUCAUGAAAAUGUUGAAUCGCUUCGAGUUGCCUCCAGGUUUUUUCUUGCGCUCAUGACAAGCAUAUUCAUUGUGGCAUUCUUCUCUUAUUCAAGCUCACAACCACUACUGUCACAAAUAAGCUUGAGAAAAAAGGAAUGCCCCAGAUACGAAAGCAUGGGUCAGGCUUUAGGCAUUACUGGCAAUGGAGUUCAAGUACAGAGACAAUCAAUGGCUGUUGACGGGAAUGAACCUCUGGAUAAGCUUCUUUUGGAUAAAAGAUUUCGUCAAUCCUUCAUGGCUUUUGCAGACAGUUGUUUGGCUGGAGAGAGUGUUCAUUUUUAUGAGGAAGUACUGGAUCUUGGAGAAUUACCUGAACAUGAUUCCGUAAGUAGGAUCUAUAUGGCAAGACAUAUUAUUCAGAAAUACAUUGUCGCAGGGGCUCCUAUGGAGGUAAACAUAUCCCACCGUAGUCGACAACAAAUUUUAAAUUCUGUUGAUCUUGCGCACCCCGAUUUAUUCAAAGUAGCUCUUAAUGAGCUGCUGCAGUUGAUAAAAACAAACUUGGCAAGGGAUUACUGGUCAUCCAUGUUUUACAUGAAGUUUAAAGAAGAAGCUGAUGCCAAAGUGAAUGGGCAUGAUAUGGAGUUGGCUAGGAGUUGGAACGUCACUCCACGACUCAGUUAUGCUCAUGCCGCUGAUGAUCCUUUUCACCAAGACAAUUUUCUCAAGGAUUCUGAAGUUGCUCCGUCACAGUGAUCAUGAUCAGUACUGGAAUGUUCCUAUAUCGCAUUAUUGUGAGGUCCACAAUAUUGUCUUACAUUUUUGUCAAUGGAAACUGUAGAUAAGUAGAUGCUGUAAUAUAGUGUUGCUCUUUUUGUUAAAAAAAGAAAUAUAUAUAUAGUGUUGCUCUGUGUUAUAAAAAUGGACUUUCCACGUUAUCUGA